UUUCAAUGAAAUCAUCAGCAACAACUUGACAAAAAACAACCCUUUCCUCUCCUUCUUUCUUCUCAUUUCUGCUUGUAAAUCUAAUUAGAAUUACAACAAUCAUAAUCCAAUUGAUAUAAUUUCAUCCCAAAAUUUUCCUAUCCCAUUAAUCUUCCAACAAAAAAAAAAUGUCAACCACCAAUGUUAAUGAAGAUUAUUUUCCCGUAAAACGAUCAUCAUUUCGUCCACCAUUAUCAGUUCAACGUUAUCAAUAUGUUUGUAAUUUAAUUCGACGUAUGUCUGAACAUCAUAAUCAACAACAACAACAACAAUCAAUUGAAUCAUCGUUUAAAAUUGAAUCAGUAGCCGAUCUUGGUUCGGGUCAUUGUCGUUUAGCAUGGUAUCUAAAACAAUUACAAUUUUUACGUUAUAUUCGUUGUUUAGAUUUGAAUGAAAAUUGUUUUGAAGGUAAUACAUAUGUUGUACCAUCAACUGAAGAACGUUUUACAAAUCGUUUAAAACCAUUACAAAUUGAAUUAUAUCAAGGUGAUGUUCGACAAUAUGAUUCACGUUUUCGUCAUGUUGAUAUUGUUACCUGUAUUGAAUUGAUUGAACAUUUACCAUCCGAUACAUUAGAUUCAUUUGUAAUGAAUGUUUUUCAAUUUAUUCAACCACAUUAUUGUAUAAUAACAACACCAAAUUUUGAUUAUAAUCAUCUUUGUCGUUUAAAUAAUGGUUAUAAUGAUCAACAACAACAACAAUCACGUGAUCAUUAUCAUAAUCCAUUAUAUCGUGAUAGUGAUCAUUAUUUUGAAUUUACACGUGAUGAAUUUAAACAAUGGUGUAAUCAGAUUAAAGAAAAAUAUCCUUGCUAUACAUAUCGUUUAUCUGGUGUUGGUCGUUUACGAUCAUUAGAUCCAGAUAUGAAUCUUGGUUAUGCAACACAGAUUGCUAUUUUUCAACGAACAACUAAUAAUAAUAAUAAUCAUAUUGUUGAUGAUAAUGGUGAUAAUGGUGAUGGACAACAACAACAAUCGAAAUCGAUAGAAUCGAUACAAAAUUAUCAACAUAUUCGAACACAUUAUUUUGGACAAUUAUGGAGCCGUUCAAAUCAUCGUUUUUCUUGAAAUUGAAAUUGAAGUUAGCACGCAUAUUUGAGAGUGUUGUUUAUUAAACGCUUACAUAACACUUCAUUUUAGUUCGAAAAGAACUUUUUUUUUUUGAUUAAUAAAAAUAUGAA